CAUCACGUCAUGUGAAAUUGCCAUGUCGAGUUAUAUUUUGCCUGGUUGCUGCUGGACCAACUCUAAUCCCCAGGAGCACCAACGCCACGCCACCUAUUUUCUCCUUCUAAAUUAGACGACUCCCGCCGAAAAAAAGAUCAAUCAAUUACACUCGAGGACUCAUCCUUUAGCCACGUGCGCACACCUUCAACGUAGUCCGUCCACGUUAUUCCUUCGAAAAUCCACCUGACCGAUCAACACAAUUUCCGCCAUUUCCAGUCACGGAUGGCUAAGUGGCUGGCAAUUAUCCAACUCGCUAUAUAUAAAGUCAAAUUCUUCACUCAAUUUUUGAUUCAUAGAUGCGGUGGCCGCUGUGGCAACUACAAGAAUAAUGUCCAAAUCGGAGCAAGUUACAAGUAGAAGAAAAACCCAUCUCAAAAGAUCCAACGGAUGUCGCAGAGGAGAGGGUAUGAAAGAAAUGAAGCCUGAUUUUUGCUCUGCCGGUGACUUUUCUCUUGAUAGCGGAGGAGAGUUUCCAGUGAACAAGAAAAGAGGGUCGAAAGAACUAACCUCUUGCGAGGCAACAGAAUUUGGUGGAAAUGAAUCCAAGAUUCAUGAUGGCCACUCUAAAGAACUAAUAAGUUGUUUUGAUUACUCGUCAGACAAAGAGAAGAAAGUGGCGAAACCUAUGGGAACAGUAAUGGCUGGCUGUGAUAAGGAGGAACGCGUAGAAGGGAGUAUGUCCUGUGAGUCGCAUGGUUCGAUAUCGGUAAUUGGGCGGCGGAGAACGAUGGAGGAUGCUGUUACGGUGGCGGUAAGAAUCAAGGUUGGUGAGUUUGAUAGUUAUGAUUUUUUUGCUGCUUAUGAUGGACAUGGCGGAGCAAAGGUGGCGAACGCUUGUAGGGAUAGGAUGCACCAACUGUUGGCGAAGGAGUUGGAAAAAGGGAAGUUUUUAGGAGACGUGAAGGGAUCAGGUUACUGGAAGAAGGUGAUGGGUGUGUGUUUUAAUAAGAUGGAAGACGAGUUGAGUGGCUAUGGAGAGGACAUGGAGGCGAUGGACUGCCCGGAAAAGACAAUGGGGUCGACGGCAGUGGUGGUUAUGGUGGGGAAGGAAGAGUUGGUGGUAGCAAAUUGUGGGGAUUCUAGAGCAGUUUUAUAUCGUGGAGGUAUGGCUAUGGCCUUGUCUAAUGAUCAUAAGCCUGACAGGCCCGAUGAACGUGAAAGAGUGGAAGCAGCAGGCGGAAGAGUCAUAGACUGGAACGGUAGCCGCAUCCUAGGCGUACUCGGAACUUCAAGAUCAAUAGGAGAUCUGUAUCUGAAGCCUUUUGUGACAUCAGAACCAGAGGUUACAGUAACUGAGCGAAGUAUAUCAGACCAAUUUAUCGUGAUAGGAACAGAUGGGUUAUGGGAUGUAGUUUCCAACGAGGUUGCUUGUGAAGUUGUGAAGAAAUGUUUUGAUGGGCAUAUUAGAAACAAGAGAUUCUUGGAUGAGUUUAAUGGAACAAGGGCUGCAGAGGCAGCAGCGAUUCUAGCCGAAUUGGCGAUGGCUCGAGGAAGCAAAGAUAAUAUCAGCGUCAUAGUAGUUCAACUGGAAAGCCCCAAAUAGCAGCUGCCGGCCCGCCCGCCCGCCUCUUUCGUUACGCCAAUUUUGUUUAUAUGUAUUUUACCUUUGGGCUCUGUGUGUAUUAUCGUUGCGUUUCAUUUUCUAAAUUGUGGUUAAAGUCGGCUGGCAGCCUGUGUGUGUAAUCUACAAGAUUCAAAUGCGAAGGGAGCAAGUUUACACCCUGGGGCUUGUUUUGCUUCAAUCUUGGAAUUGGAAUGAAAAUGAAAUAGAUAAUUAGUUU